AUGAAUAGUAAUAAGUUUGUUGUUUUUGAUUGUGGAGGUGUUGUAGGUAGUGAUAUGAAAUAUUCAUUCGUGAAGAAUCAUGUCGCUACUCAUUAUCCUGAGAAGUCUGCUCAGGCAGAGUUACUCCUAAACAAACAACUAUGGUCAAGAAUCAGAGUGGAUGCAACCUAUACAGACCGUCAAUACUUUGAAGACUUUGUAAAGCAACUAGACAUUCCAUCCGAUCAACAAUUGAUCGAGCAAUUCAUGCUACAUACCAAACAAGAGCUCUAUGCAUUCAAACCACCUUUACAAGUUGCAUUCGAUCUACAUCAUAGAUCAAUAAGUACAUAUAUAUUAUCAAAUCAUGGUAAAGAUUGGUUCAAUUAUAUUUAUGAUAGUGAAGCUUUGUUUAAAGCAGCAUUCCCAGAUAAAGAGAAACUGGUUGUUUCAUAUCAAGUCGGUUAUUAUAAACCACAACAAGAGAUAUUCCAAAGUUGUUGGGAUAUAAUGUGCAAGUAUGAAUCUACACACAACAACAAAGCUCUACAACUUUCAGAUAAAUCAAAGGUGUUGUUCAUCGAUGAUAAAAUAGACAAUAUCAAUGCAGCUAAAACAUUUGGUUGGCAAGCCUAUCAAUUUAACUUUAACAUUGAACCAGUAGAGAAGUUAUCAAUUGCAAUUGAACAUUUCUUGGCAAACUAA